UGGUCAGCGGCUGGGGCGGGUCACGUGACUCUUGCCUACGCGCGGUGGGGCCGGGUGCAGAUGGCGGACGCCGAGGCUGACGCGGCCCUGCCGCCGGAGAUGCAGAGGCUGGCCGCCGGCCUCCGCUCCCGGCUCUGGCAGCUGCAGGCGGAGCUGAGCGAGCAGGGGGUGGCGGAGGCUUCGUCGGGCGCCUAUUGCCGGGGGUUCUGUCAGACAUUGCUACAAUAUGCUGGCAGCCGGGGUGCUUCAGAGCAUGCAUUGCCUCUUCUGGAAGUGUAUCAAGUUGCUAUUCAGAGUUUUGCCAAUGCCCGACCUUACUUGACUACAGAAUGUGAAGAUGUACUUCUGGUGCUUGGCAGGCUAGUGCUGAGCUGUUUUGAACUACUGCUUUCUGUGCCUGAAAGUGAAGAUCAGUGCGAACCAUUAAGACUGUUUGAAUCUAUACAGGAUGCCCAUAAUGCUUUGCUUAAAUCUGGAGAUAACAGUCUUGAAAUACUGGCUGACAUCACCAAGGAAGGUGUGUGGAAGAAUCCGGUUCUUCUUAACAUUAUAUCGCAGCAACCAGUAGAAGCAGAAGAAGUCAAGAAGUUGAUUAAACGAGAAGGACCGGCCUUUCUGCAGAUGCGAAUAAAACAUUUGAUGAAAACAAACUGUAUUCCUCAAGCUGCUGCCUUGUCCAAACUCUGCAAAGAGUCCACAGAAAUUUCAAACGUCUCUCCUUUUCUCCAAGCCUACAUCACAUGUUUGUGCUCCAUGCUUCCAACUGAAGAGUCUAUCAGAGAGAUCGCAAAGGUGGACUGCAAAGAGGCCCUUGAUAUGAUUUGUAACCUGGAAGCCGAGGGCCAAGAGAGUGCUGCAUUCAUUCUUUGUACAACGUACCUUACUCAGCAGCUUCAGACUGCUAGUGUGUAUUGCUCUUGGGAGCUGACUUUAUUUUGGAGCAAAUUACAAAGAAGAAUUGAUCCAUCUUUAGACUCCUUUCUGGAAAGAUGCCGGCAGUUUGGCAUUAUUGCGAAAACAUUGCAGCACCUGUUCUUCCUGAUCAGAGUCAUACAAGCUGAAGCAGAAGAAGCAGGCCUUGCUGUGUCUGUGUUGUUGUGUGUGAGAGCCCUGCAGCUCAGAUCAAGUGAAAACAAUGAUAUGAAGACAUCUGUAUGCAAAACAAUUGCCUGUCUUCUGCCUGAAGACCUUGAAGUUAGAAGAGCAUGCCAGCUUACUGAAUUUCUACUUGAGCCGGGUGAGGAGGGCUACAACUUGCUGGAAGAGCUCUACCUGCAGCCCGAUCAAAAAUUUGAUGACGAAAAUGCACCAGUUCCAAACUCACUCCGUUGUGAGCUGCUCUUAGCUUUGAAGGCUUAUUGGCCAUUUGAUCCAGAAUUUUGGGACUGGAAAACCUUGAAGCGGCAUUGCCUCAAGUUGUUGGGAAAAGAGGUUUCUGAGUCAGAGGAUGACCUGAGUGGCAACGAGAUGUCCUUCAAUGACAACGAACUGUUAGAUAGCUUUCUAAGUGACUGUGAGGAAAGCCGGGAAGAGAAUAACUUUGAAGGCCACGAUAUAAUACAUCGGCCCAAAGAGAGAGUGAGAGUCAAAAAGCCGAUUGGAUCCUCAGAAAGGUACCAGCGUUGGCUUCAGUACAAAUUCUUCUGUCUCAUCUGCAAAAGAGAGUGUAUCGAAGCCAGAAUCCUCCACCAUUCAAAGAUGCACAUGGAAGACGGCAUGUUUACGUGCCCCGUGUGCAUCAAAAAGUUCAAGAGGAAGGAAGUCUUUGUCACGCAUGUCAUGGAGCAUGUGAAAAUGCCACCCAGUAGAAAAUACCGGGCGACUAACAACAACAAUAAGAAGGUGCUGUCGAAAAAAGAGAAGCUGGCGAAAAGCAGUCUGUCCAGGAUGGCUUCUGCCGCCCUCGAAGGCAACCAGCCCCUGAAAUCGGCCCCCUGCGAGAGAGCCCAAAGCGGUGACACGCAUGACUACGUCACGUUCAGCAAGUUAGAAAACUGCCACUUGGAAGACCGAGACCUGUACCCCUGCCCCGGCACGGAUUGUGCCCGCGUAUUUAAGCAGUUUAAGUAUUUGAGUGUUCACCUCAAGGCCGAGCACCAGAACAACGAUGAGAAUGCCAUGCACUACUUGGACAUGAAAAACAAGCGGGAGAAGUGUUCGUACUGCCGGCGGCACUUCAUGUCGGCGUUCCACCUGCAGGAGCACGAGCGGGUGCACCGCGGCCCUCAGCCGUACAUGUGCGUGUCUGUGGGUUGCUACGCCCGGUUUGACUCGGUGAACGAGCUGCUGCAUCACAAGCAGCAGCACGCCGACCUGCGCUACAAAUGCGAGCUCAACGGCUGCAACAUUGUGUUCAGCGACUUGGCGCAGCUCUACCACCACGAAGCGCAGCAUUUCCGGGAUGCGUCUUACACGUGUAACUUCCACGGCUGCAAAAAGUUCUAUUAUUCCAAAACGGAGUUCACGCAUCACCUUUCCAUGCAUAUUUCAAAUGGUGAAAUGAAGGAGACACCAGUUAAGCACGAGGAGCAGGUUUCGGGCGACAGUCUGGCUUGUCUCUCGGAUUCCGAGGCAUUUGAGCAAGCAGAUCAUUCCCAUUUGCACGAAAGUGUGUGUUUGCCCUCUGGGUCUACAAAUUCGGAAAGAUUCCUACAGGUCAAAGAAGAGCCUCUCUCGGAUGGCGAGGUGGAGGGCAAAAGUAAUGGCAGUGUUGGAAGCAACAUUGCAUCCCCAGCCAAUGAGAAGCAGGGGUCUUUAUUGACCGAAACAGUAGAUAGUGGCCAGCCCAUUCCUGGUAUCUUGUUACCCCAUGAGAAAGUUUUCCUUCCAUCCAGUCUAAAAGAGCGCUAUUCAAAUGUGGCCGUCUACUUUGAUGGGAAAAGGUUUACCUGUGGCUUUGAAGGCUGUGGUUCAACAUACAAGAACUCAAAGGGCAUGCAAAAACACCUUCGAAGGGCUCAUCCCUACCAUUUCAAGCCUCGGCGGAAGCUGGGCCUGAAAGCUAAAGGGAUGAGUCAGUUCAGCAAAAGUCUGCAUAACCGUCCCCCUGGAGAGUUGAAUUCCGAGCCCAGCCAUCUUUCAGAUACAAAUGCUGACUCCCCAGGCAGUAUAGAUUGUAAUACAAGCUCUAACAUCAAAGGUGGUCUGAAAGAAGAAACCUGUCCCUCUUCCCCGGAAACCUCUCUCUUUGAACAUCCUAAAGUGUCAAGUACAGAAGAUGCAAUGUUGGAACUUCUCUUGGGCUUGAAGCAUCUAAGCUUAAAACAUUCGAGCAGUGGGAUUGGAAAUGCUUCCAGGUUGCUACAGCCCUAUUCAUCCAAGUGCCCCAACUCUGAAGAUGAAUCUACCUCAGACCAUUUUCCCGAAGAGCCGAGAGGCAAGCUGCCAACCCAAUACCUGACUCAGUUGGCAGCCAAGCCCUUUUUCUGUGAACGCCAAGGCUGCACGUGUGAAUUUGUGACCCGCGAAGCUCUGUUGACGCAUUACGUUAGAAAACACAAUUAUUCAAAAGAGAAGGUGCUUCAGUUGAACAUGUUUCGAUAUCGGUAUUCCCCUUUUAAAUGUCACAUUUGCCAAAGAUCAUUUACUAGAAAAACCCACCUUAGAGUCCAUUACAGAAACAAGCAUAAACUUGGCAAUAAGGCAGCAACUCAGAAACUGUUUGCUAAUGAUAGCUUUGAGGAGAUGGGUGAGUGUUCUGAGGAUAUGCUGGAAAACUCCAUGGCUUCAAUGUCUGCUUUCUAUUCCAAUGCAGAGGAAGAACUUGAUGACCAGGCUAAGCUCCCUGGUGAACAGGACUGUCAUCCGAAGAAAGAAGAGCUUAGUUCUGAAACUGAUCUGGAAUCAAGUGAAGAAGCAGAGAGCUGCAUAACUGGAAAGCAGACUAAAUUAUCUGCUCUAGAAAGCCACCGAAAAGGACUAGAAACCAGAGAAGGGAGGGGAAGUAAACGAUCAGUUGCCAAAGGAAAUUUAUGUUACAUUUUAAAUAAAUACCAUAAGCCCUUCCACUGUAUCCAUAAAAACUGCAAUUCUGCAUUCACCAAUCAGAAAGGGUUGAUUCGUCACUACAGGACUGUGCACCAGUAUAACAAAGAGCAGCUCUGCCUAGAAAAGGACAAAGCGAGAACAAAGAGGGAACUUGCCAAAUGUAAAAAAAUAUUUGUCUGCAAACAUAAGGCCUGCAGCAAACGCUUCUUGUGUUCUAAAUCGCUUGUUAAGCAUCGCAGUGACUUUCAUAGCCUUGAUCAUGUGGAAGAUUCAAAAGUGCUUUCCGAAACAGAGUCGGUAAGAUUCCCUUGCCAUCACCCCCGGUGCCCUGCUACGUUUUAUUCCUUCUACAAAUUAAAGCAUCACCUGAUGGAAGAACAUGCCAAGGAGGAGGAAGAAAUAAAUAAAGACAUCGAAAUCCACUGCGAUCUGAAUGGCUGCAACAGAGUGUUCACAACGUACAACAGCUACUCCCAGCAUGUAUAUUUUCGGCACAGCGAUUACAACGGUGUCUCCGAAGAUGCCAAAGAGGAAGAGGACCACUGCAAGGAUGAAGAGGAGCAAAGGUACACAAAAGAUCGGUGUCUGAAACAUGGAGAGAAUGCGAAAAAGAGAUCCCUCAACGAGAAAGCUGAACAACCCAGUAGAAGCAACGGAAAGCAGUUGUACAACUUCAGAACGAGGCAGGAAGCUCUGCGGAUGUGCAGAGACAACUGCAAUCAGACCCAGUAUCCUUGCAUGAUCCAGGGGUGUCUCUCAGUAGUAAAACUGGAAAGCAGUAUCGUGAGACAUUAUAAGCGCACCCAUCAGAUGCCCAGUAUUUAUAUAGAAGAGGAGUACAAGAAGCUUGUCUUUUGCGUUGAAUGUGGUACUGCGAUAAAUGAUGAUCCCUGUUCAGAAGCAAGCCAGGGCUCCAGUAAAGAGGCCAAUGGGGACGUCAAGGAGGAGGCUACAGCACAUCGCGCCUACCGGCAUGGAAGCGAAGAGCAUCAUCUUCUGAACACCAGGUGCAAUCGUGGCGAGAAAGGCAGCAAAAAUGGCAGGUGUUCCGAAGGUAGCAAGAUCCGGGAGGCGAGUGUCUUUUUGUACGCAGGGACUUUAAAACAUAUCCACAGCCCCAAAACCAGGUGUCUUGAAGAAUGCAGCCAAAUGGAGUCGCCUCUGCGUAAAACCGAAGACUCGCCUGCAGGUGAUGGAAGAGAGAACAGCUCGGGCGCACAGUUACCAAGGGAGAAAGAGGCCGGCGACUGGCAACACGCAUCAUCUCAGCAGAACGUUAGAAGACCUCCCCUUCCUGCCGCAAAAGAGAAGACACCGAAGCAGCCGGCACCCAAACCCUUUGAUAUAAAGUCCUUCAAACCAAUGGGGUUUGAGUCUUCAUUUCUGAAGUUCAUUCAGGAAAGUGAGGAACGGGACGAUGACGACGACGAUGACGACCUUGAGGACGAGUGGGAGCCGUCUGAACAAUAUAAAAUGGAUGGUGUGCUAGGGAAAGACACACACUCAAAAAGGGAUGUUGUGCAGGGCAGUGUCACAUACAAAAAUGUCCCCGCAGCUUCCGUGUCCAAGAAGAACAAUGGCUCCAAAGCUCAUGGGCAGCUGAGAGGAGUACAGCCUCUCUUAUCCACAGACUCGCACUCUAUCCCUUCUCUGGAAAACCUGAGGGCCAUAUUGGACAAGGCGUUAACAGACUGCGGGGACCAUGCCUUAAAACAACUUCAUUAUUUACGACCAGUAGUUGUCCUUGAAAGGUCUAAAUUUUCCACAUCCCUCAUAGACUUUUUUCCAACAAAAAAAGCAGAUCAGCUUUGUGUGGGAAGUUCAUAAAUGGUUGUGUUUUUUUUAAUUUAAAAAGGAAAAAAAAAAAGACUGCCUCCACUACUGCUACAUGGGGAAAACUUGCUAAUUGGUUCAGUGCACAUGUUGUUGAGGUUAGAUUAGGCUGUUCAGUUCCAUGAAUGUAUGACAUCUGUCUACAGUAUUGGCUGAGUUAAUAUAAGCUCCCCUAUUAAAUUAAGAGGAAAAAACCAACCAAACUGGUAUUUUGGUGCUAAUUAACAGAUAUUGGAGGGGAGCCUUCCUCUUGCAAAGUAAAUGUGCAUGAUUGUAUAUGGAACAAGUACUUAGGGUACCAAGGCUGGGGUGGGGGGGGGGGAGGGAGGAUGGAGCUCUUACUUGACUUGAAUGUGCACCCAAGGGUGCUUUGUGUAACAUAUUGUACACUACAGCAUCUUAUAUUUUUUGAGUUAUGAGUUUCAAUAAAAGGAAUUUUUUCACCCA